UUUCCAGAUCGCCUCGUCUCUCACCAAGGAGCUGUGUGCCCUGGUGUUUGGGGUCAACACCUUCCUGGCGACCAUUCUGAAGACCAUCAUCACCCUCAUCGUCUCAGACAAGAAGGGCCUGGGACUAGACGUGCACUCCCAGUUCCUGAUCUACUUCUUCUACUUUGCCUUGCUGACGGUCAUCUACCUGGGCUGUGCUGUCUGGGUCAUCAUUCGCCACUACAGGAACCAAUCGGCGGGAGGGGGGGGGGCACAGACCAGUCCACGCCCACUGAGCUAUGUUCCGCUUAUCUCUUGA